GUUGGUUAGGUUGGUUCUGUUUCAUCAAAUAACAAGAAGUCACCUCUCCUCUUAAAUAGAACCACCAACCAUACUCGCCAUCCCCCACCCCGUUGCCACCACUGCCUCCUCCUGGCCGGGCGGCUCUUCUCGCUGCCACGGCCCAGGCAUUCCCAUGCAUCAUCUGUUUUCAAUUCCAGGGGAAGGACAUUCGAAUCGAACGGCUUGAAAAAUCAGACGGGAGAGAAUUUGGCCUACGUAGCCCGAAAUCUUGAAUGUGCGUGCUCAAAGUCGCUGAAGAUAUGGAUAAAGACGAGCCUCAACGAAGCCACAUUGUCUUGUUUUCAUCAUGUUCAUCACCGUCCUUGUCGUCCUCGAGCGGAUCGGAUGGGGAAGACCUACGACGGAUGCCAUUUGGCCCGGCUAAGAAGAACAGCCGCAGGUGCCUAUCCAAACAACUUUCGAUGUGCGAGACCCCGCGGGACAUCGCGUGGGAGAAGCGGAGGCGGCAGAUCCUUCGCCAAGAGAGGAAGAAGAACGGGUUCAACGACUCGGACGAUAUCACUGACGAGGAUUUGAAUGAGCUCAAAGGGUGCAUAGAUCUAGGGUUCGGGUUCAAAGAGGAGGAGGGCGUACAAGGUUUGUGCAACACCUUGCCGGCCCUUGACCUUUACUUCGCCGUGAACAGGCAGUUGUCACCGAGCCCUGUAUCGACGCCGCAAAGCCAUGGAUCAUCGUCGCUGUCGCUGUCGUUGUCGUCGCCCUCGCUUGGGGGAGGCUCUUCAUCCUUCGGCAGUCCUAGGAGUGAUUCCGACACAUGGAAGAUUUGUAGUCCUGGCGACAAUCCUCAGCAAGUGAAAACCAAGCUGAGGCAUUGGGCUCAAGCCGUGGCAUGCUCGGUGAGGCUGCACAGGGAUGGCAUGUUGUAGACGCAAAAAGGCAGGAAAGAGGGAGAGUGGUUUGGUUAACUCAGGGUCUUCUCUUCCCAUCGAUUUUUAACUAAUAGCCUAACAGAAAGGUUAAAAAAACAAAAAUUUGUGUUAGCUUUCCGUGGUUAUCUCUUUAGGUUAAGAGAACGACAUUCUCGACGGUGUCGAUUCAUCAUAACUUCGGUUAGGAAAGAAGUUUCUUCUCCUCCUUCGUUCUAAAACUGUACUGCUCGACUAAAUUUCUGUAACUGGGUAAAAGAUGCAGAUGGAAAAAAGAUCUGCAUUGCGCCUGUUCAUGAUCAAAUGAUCAUUGUCUUCCAUUCUUUCUUCGUCUUCCCAA